UGUGUGUCCAAACUCUGAAACGAUUCACUGAAGUCCGUCAAGAUCGGAGAGCUUCAGAAAAUCCGAGUGGUCCUGAACUCGACAGGACCCGGAAGUAAGUCAGUGACGCUCUCUGACAGAAACAUGGGUUCAUGCAGUUCAUAGAAAUGUUGUUAAACAGGUCUUUUUUAUCAACCUGUACUUCUUUCACACAGCUAACACAUACCCUCUGGUCAUGUCUCAGCGGGACCUGAAGGAGGCGUUUGUCAGUAACCUCAAUGGGACGAGUCUGGGGGAGGUGGCCCUGGGUUCGUUCCUGGCCCCAGUGUGUGUCAUCAACAGAGGCCUGCUUCUGCUUCUGCUUCACUGGGCCUCGGGGACUCUUCCGCUGCCUCGUCCACUGCUUUCACACCUUCUUUUCGACUACUCGGUUCUGAUUCUCCCCCUCGUCUUGUCAUGCACUGUCCUGAGCGACGUCCUCCACCUCGUCGUCAUAACCUUAACCUUGGUUCCUGCUUGUGUCGUCUGGUUCAUCCACCGCAGAAGCCGUCGUCCUUCUGCUGUCGCCGCCUUCCUUCGCAGUCAUGUCCAGUUUGACCAGGUUCCCUUCGUCACCGUCUUCAGGGUGUUUGUAAAUGUGAAGACGGCCAUCAGCAUCCUGGCCGUGGACUUCAGCUUCCCGAGGAGAUAUGCCAAAACGGAAACCUACGGGACCGGUGUCAUGGACUUUGGCGUCGGAGCUUUUGUUUUUGCCAAUGCUCUGGUCUGUCCCGAAGCGAGGGGGAAGACUGCAUCCGGAUCCAAGGUGAAGCUCAUCUCACAGCAGCUGAUGUCGGUCUGGCCUCUGGUCGCCCUUGGUCUGGGACGGGUCCUAAGCGUCAAAAUGACUGGAUACCAGGAGCAUGUGACUGAAUACGGCGUCCACUGGAACUUCUUCUUCACGUUGGCCGUGGUCAGAGUUGUUUCGUCGGUGCUUUUGGCUGUUUUGCCUCUGAAUCAGUCUGUGGUUUUCGCUCUUCUGAUCGGUGGCAUUUAUCAGUUCAUUCUGGAAACAACGGGGCUCAAAGAGUUCAUCCUUCACAACGGCAACAGAGAAGUCGACUUCAUUCACGCCAACAAAGAGGGUUUGUUCUCUGUGGUGGGAUACGUGGCCCUCUACCUGGUCGGAGUCCAGGUUGGACUCUACGUGAUGCAGCGCAGGUCCAGCGUCCAACAGUGGAUCCCGCUUCUGAACCUGUUGUUUGGGAGUUUUGUUCUUUAUGCUGUUUUAUGCAUAUUUCAGACAUUUGUGGAACCAGUGUCUCGACGUUUAGGGAACUUGUCCUUCUGUCUGUGGAGCGUGGCCCAGUCCCUGUUCUUCCUGUCCUGCCUGGGUUUAGCUGACAUGCUUCUACUUUUCUCCAAAACACUGUCAGGUUUCCACCUCCUGCCCUCGUCGUGGAGUUUGUAUCAAAAACAGUCUGAGUCUGUGUGCGACAGAAGGAGACACGUGGAUGGACUGUGUCUUCUUCAGGCCGUCAACAGGAAUCAGCUGCUGUUUUUCUUAAUUGCAAAUGUGAUGACGGGUUUAACCAACUCUGUCGUGGACACACUCAGCUGUGGUCAGUUAUUCUCUGUGUGUAUUUUACUUUUAUACAUGUUCAUCAACUGUGUUAUAAUAUAUGUUUUACAUGUUUAUGGAAUUACUGUAAAAUUCUGGUGAAAGUGCCUCGAAAAUCCCAAGUCACAGGUUUUAUCAGUGUAGUUCAAAGAUGUUUGACAUUUGAAUAAAGUCCACAGGCUGGAUUAACACUGUCAACUGAGUUAAAUGCUCAGAGUUUAUUUGCAUUUCUGCAGCACUUUCAUAAAAGGAAGAACAUUAAAGGUUUGUUCUAAAUAAUGAGCUGCUCUUUUUUCUUUAGUGACUUUAAUUUUAAUAUCCUUGAGAAUUUUUUUUUUUUUGUAGUGUCCAGUCCAGUGACUGUAGUUCCAGUCAGUCUUUUAUUGUGAUACUGAACAGCGGUCCAAACUGCUGUCCCAGUUCCCAACUGUCCCCCUGUCCCAACAGAUUUGUGUUCAUCCAAACUGAUCAUUUCCACAUUUUGAUCCAAUAUUGAUCCCAGUUGUAGUUUAACAUCAGAGCUAAAGCCCUAUGUUUCAUUUCGGAUCCAUUUAUGAUGAGAGCAGCAUGUUUUGAACAUUUGAAUAAACUCAAUAAAAUUGUAAUUUUCAGUCCCUGUGUCACGCAGCAGGAAUUUCAGUAUUUUUACCCUUAAAUGUUCUUUGUGUCAGUGGUACCAUGUGUCAUGUGACAGUACUUACUCAGACGUAUUCAUACAUGUAUUAAACAGAUUGAGUUUGAACACAGACAAUAUUGGACAAGACGUGUCCCCGUAUCACGACUGGAUCUGGACCAUGUGCUUUUUUAUGGAGUCGCAAACUAUAAAUGUCUUUACUGUAUGACUCAAUAAAUUAAAUAUUCAAAUGGAGAUCAUUUAUUAUUUGAAAGUCUGUGAUCAGC